CCUUGCGCGUCAUGCGCUCUUAUGGCUCGUCUCUCAAGCUCUCAUAUUACUCAUGAAAGUUUUCGGUUUAAUAAUCUUUUAUGACUAUGCUAUCUUUAUCUAAAUUGAAUGCACGAUGGACAUUAUUACCUGCAUAUUUAUGUCACUAUGUCUACUGGUCGCUGAUGGCUUCACUGUUCGUGGUCCCUCUGCUCCUCUGUCUGCUCCUCUGGGAUCUUCAGUGGUUUUGCCCUGUUAUGUUGAUGAAGCUUUACCAGUGGAGGAUCUGGAGGUGGAAUGGAGAAGAGCAGACUCAGAGACUCUGGUUCAUCUGUAUCAAGAUGGUGAGAGUCGAGCAGAGGUCCAGCAGCAGGAUUAUCAUGAUAGAGCUCAUUUCUUUACUGAGGAGAUUCAACAUGGAAACUUCUCCCUCCGUCUGGACAAUCUAACAGCUCAAGAUGAAGGAGAAUACAGGUGUAGAGUUCACAGUCAGCAGGAUUCUGGAGAAACUGUGGCUCAGAUAAAAGUUAGCAAUGAGCGUUUGCUGGUAUCAGGAUCAAAUCGUCCCGCUUCAGCAUAUGUUGGUGAGGACGUGACUCUGAACUGCUCUGUAGACUCUCACAUCACUCCUGAACACAUUGAAGAGGUUUCAUGGUUGAAAACAGAUGAAGAUGGAGAUUUUCUGGUUCUGCUUUACCAAAACAAAGAGACUUUACCAGAUUCAUCAAAUGAACAGUUCAGAGGCAGAGUUGAGUUCUUCACUGCUGAAAUCCCCAAAGGAAACUUCUCUCUCAGACUGAAGAGUGUCAGAACUGAGGAUAAAGGAGUUUACAUGUGUCAAGUGUUUGCUGGAGAUUUAUCAGCCAAUGCUACUGUAGAGCUGGAGAGACUGGGUUUCUCUUCUUUGCACAUCGCUGUGCUGUUUUUCAGUGUUGCUGCUGGAUCUGGAGCUGUUCUUCUGCUCUGCUCUCUGAUCUACUGCAGAUAUAAAAACACAGUCUCCAGCAGCACAAUCUGGAUACUUCAGCUUUCUCUGGUCCUUUUCCCAAACAUCUGUAUGUUCUUAGCCUUCAUCCUUUGGGGCUUUACUGAAGGAUCUUUACAUGAGACCAUCUCCUGCUCUGCUCUUUAUAUUCUGAGGCCUGUCAUGCUGAUCUGGGCUUUGUCCUGUUUGAAGUAUCUUCAAGAGAGCCUUAAACCAUGGACCAGCUUUUUCACACCAACAAGGGAAUUUGCAGUUUUCACACUAGUUGUUUAUUCAGUUCUUUUCUCAUAUGGCUGGAGAAAGAGAGCACAUGAAACAGACAGCACACUUCGUGUAGUUUCUGGAUUCUGCUUUGGAGUUGUUGUGCUGAUGUGCCUCAUGUUGAGUACAGGGGACGUUUUAAGGCUUUUCAAAAGACAAAGAGAGAGAAUCCUAACGCUAGGUUUUGAGAACAUUUGUUGUUUCUUUAUCAUCGUCUCCUUGGUCUUCUUUGAAUUGCUCCAGUUGUUCUCCUCAUUUGGAUUUGCCUCUCUAGGACCUUUUGGUCUUUUUGUUGUGGAGAUUGGUUGCAUGUUAUUGCUUGUCUAUAUGCUGUUUUUUCUUCGUCCACCAGCCAAAUGUCUCUGCAGAACAUGGAUUGUAGCAUUGUGGAUAAUAACAAUAUCAGUUCUGGAUAUCAUUAUAGUCAUUUAUAUUCAUCUGGUUAUAUUGGAAAGGGAGAAAGAGCGCUUGGAGUGGACCUGUGUCAUUUCAUUUCUUCACGUUCUGAAGAUUAUCAUGAUGCUUGUGCAAGUAAAAAAACUUUCAGAAACUCUGAGAAUACGACAGCAGACUGAGACGAGCGAGCAAGGAUCAAACACAUUGUCUCCCUGUAAUGAGGUCAUGUACAUGUUUGGAGCAGUUGGUGUUGUUUUGUUGAGCUCUGUUUCACUGACAGCAGAACUCAUCCUGAAAGCACUAAAUGGAGAGCGUGUCAUUGAAGAUCUGAGAGUCAUCGUCUUCCCUUCUGAAUCUGCUUUUGCCUUUUAUUGGCUGCUGUUACAAACACACGCUCACUUGAAGGUUCUUAUACCAGGAUCUGCAGAUAGUCUAAGGAACAACGCUGAAAGACUUCAACUCAUGAGAACAACCGAAUUGUGAAAUGGAGAUUCUGUCUGCACUUGAUUCUGCUUCUCCAGAUUGACAUAUAAAUCAAUUGUGGUACAUUUUUAAAACUGUGUCUGUUAAUUUAUUCAUCUUUAACUGUGUAUUAGAUAAAAUGAGGGAUCUUUUUGUCCAUGUUUGAGACUACAGCAUUGGUCAGUUACUAUUUUGUUCUAUUUGUGUCUUUGACUUUGAUUGAAUAUUUGUCCAUCGGGUUUUCUGUUCUGUCAAAUGAUGGAAAAGUUAAAGAUUUUGACUGUGGCAGAUUUUUGUUGUCUAUGCAGUAAUUUUUUGUGUAUAAUAUUUCAAAUUAACACUGUCUCAGCAAACUGUAUAUUGUGUUUAUUUUUUUUUCUUUAUUCAAUUCAAU